UUUGUUAAUGAUAGAAACAGAGUAUGACUGUUGACAAAGAACAAGAAAAAGAUGAUCUCCUACCAUUUUACCAAAUAAACCAAGAAAAUAAGGAAGAAGAAGGAAGAAGAAGUCAAGUAAAGUAGGCUACGAUACGAGGCUAUAAACAGAGCACUACUUACUCAUCUCUCUCACACACAUUUUUUCAAACAGAGCACUAUCAGAAAGAAGAAGAAGAUGAGUAGUUCUGUAUCUCCGUCGCACAAUGUCUUCGUCUAUGGCAGUUUCCAGGAACCAGCAGUCGUGGGUUUCAUCCUCGAAUGCACUCCCGUCAUCGUAUCCGCUCAACUCCACGGCUUUCACAGGUACAGACUCAAAGGGCGUUUGCAUCCUUGUAUUGCUCCUUUUGAGACCGGAGUUAUCAACGGCAAGGUACUAACCGGAUUAACAGAUGCUCAGCUAGAGAACUUAGAUAUGAUUGAAGGAGAUGAAUACGAGAGAAAAACUGUUGAGGUUGUAUUGACCGAUACCUUGGAGAAAAUGGAAGUGGAAGCCUUUAUAUGGGCCAACAAGGAUGAUCCUGAUAUGUAUGGAGAAUGGGAUUUUGAGGAGUGGAAGCGGCUUCACAUGGAGAAGUUCAUAGAGGCAUCGAAGAAGUUCAUCGAAUGGAAGAAGAAUCCAAAUGGCAAAACAAGGGAAGAGUUUGCCAAAUUUGUAAACGAAGAUCCUCCCGUGGCUUGAAGGAUGUGUUAUCUAAUAUUUAUCUAUCUUUUACUCAAAAAUAAAAGGGUCUGAUCAGUGAUCAAUGCCAUAAGAUUAUAAUAAACUUUGUGAGUUCGAAAACAAAAAGAUGUUGUACUGUAUCUAUAGAAGUAUCUAUAUCUAUAUACGAACAAGAGGUAUAUGUGUUAA